AUGGUUCAACAGUUUGUUCAAUUUGAUAGGUUACAAGAUGAAGAUCUCAAUGCUCACAUCGCUAAUUUUCUGGAGAUUUGUGAUAUGUUCAAGAUUCAUGGAGCUACUGAUGAUGCAAUCCGCUUGAGAUUGAACUCCGCCACAAGACAAAUGAUAGAUGCUGCAGCUAGGGAAACUUUAAAUAGCAAGACAUCAAGGGCUGCACAAGAAUUGUUUGAAGAAAUGACAAUGAACAAUUAUCAAUGGAGUUCCACUCAAUCCAAACCUGCGAAUUCUGUUGGGAUUUAUAGUCUUGAUGCAGUAACAUCCUUGGCAAGACAAAUUGAAGCCUUAGGAAAGAAAAUUGAUGUUUUAUUUAUGAACCAUCCAGUUGCUCCGCCAAUGAGGAACAACAUACCCCUAGGAUUUCAACAAGCUUCACAUCCACCACCACCCCCACUUGAAAAGAAAUCAAACCUUGAGGAGCUGAUGACUAAAUUUAUUCAAACUUCAGAAUCUCGAUUUCAAUCCACCGAGACAGCACUAAGAAAUCAACAAGCCUCUAUCCAUAAUCUAGAAAAUCAGUACGCCAAAUUUCUGAAGGAUCUAUUAUUCAAUAAGAAGAAGUUGGAGGAGUUGGUCACGGUGACUCUGAAUGAAGAAUGCUCAGCAAUUCUGCAAAACAAGACACUCAAAAAAUUAAAGGAUGUAGGUAGUUUUACUCUUACUUGUCUCAUUGGUAGAUUGAUAGUCGAUAGAGCUUUAGCUGAUUUAGGUGCUAGUAUUAAUUUAAUGCCAUAUUCUAUUUUUAAGAAAUUGGGUUUAGGAGAACCUAGGCCAACUAGGAUGAGUAUUCAACUAGCUGAUAGGUCAAUUAAAUAUCAUAGGAGUAUCAUUGAGGAUGUGCUUGUAAAAAUAGACAAAUUUAUUUUUUCUGUUGAUUUUAUGAUUCUUGAUAUGGACGAGGACACUGAAGUCCCCUUGAUCUUAGGUCGUCCAUUUUUAGCUACUGCAAAGGCUAUAAUUGAUGGAAAGUUAAUUUUAAGAGUUGGAGAUGAAAAAGUCACUUUCAAAAGUCCUGAUGCAAUGAAAAAGUCUUUGAAACAAGAUGAUUCUUGCUACUUCAUUAAUGUAAUUGAUGAUUGUGUUUCUGAGUGUGCAUAG